AUGCUCGACAAUACCAAGGCUCCACCAUUAUCGGCAAAUGCCCAAAAAAUUUACCAAACACUGCUUAGCACCAACCCAUCAAACAUAAAGUUUGCUCAAGCUCGUAGGAAGCAUUCUAAGGAAACUACUUCUUGCAUAGAUUCUAACUGCAAAACUACACUGGUCUAUCACUAUGGAACCCGUGUUUUUGACAAGAAACGCUUUGAUUCGGUUUUCAAAGCUCACUUGUGUAUUGAUCUUAUUAGCUUAUGGAAUGGAAUUCUUGACAAGGAAGACCUCGCGCUUUUUCAUACAGUCUUAGCUACAGAUACCCCGGAGCAAUAUGAAAAUAAACUACAUCCAGUAGAUACUCAUAAGAAGUAUCAUCCUGUUGAAACAAACUUUGAAGCCACAGUUAAAUACCUCUCUCCAGUCUUGCCCCGUCUAAAUCUUUCUCUCGCAGAAUAUGCUCUCCAACAACAUCUAUCUCUCAACCUUUCGCGUGCCGGCUACCGCCAUUUAUUCUCAGAUCGUUAUACCUUCUCACAUGAUCCGAUCUGGGGGGAUACCAUCAGAGGGUUUGCAGACCCGAGUUAUGUACUCUCCCGUCGUGCUAAACUUUUUUAUGCUGGGACUGCCCACCACACAGACUCUUAUCCAGAGGAAAUGCACUUGAAAUCACCACUCCACUACACGAUAGCUCCACGGCCACAAAACUGUGACUUAGAUGUUGCUUGUGCCCUUUGCAACAUCCCGUUCUACACAAAUUCUCAAGUGAUUUUGCUGCCCUGCACCCAUCUUUUGCACACUUCAUGUGCAUCAGAAUGGUUUGUCAAUAUUGCUGAUUGGUGUCCCGUGUGUGAGUACCCAUAUAGACAUCUAUGCCAUACUGUUCACGCCUGCAUUAUAGAUGAUUGGAGCUGGAAGUAG